GACAUAUAUUAAUUAUCCGCACCUCAUGUUAAUUUAAAGCACACACUAUAAUUUGCAGCCUAUUUAUGAAGUUCAUUUUCAUAUGGUAAAAAAGGAAUAACACUCCCAUUAAAACAUCUCAUUUAUACGGUCCACAUGCGUCCCUGCAGCUUGGUGUGUACUGUUUUCUACCAACUAUAAAUUAUUACCACUUUGCCUUCGCUCGGGCCACUCUCGCAUGGUCACGCUUUUCGGAUAGAAUGCGUACAUAAUAAUCACUAUUUCUACACAAACAGCAUAUUGCUGCUUCUGUUACUUCUUUGCGUGGCAUUUUUCUUAAGCAGAUGAAAUGCAAAUAUCCGGGGAAAGUAAUUGAGUAAUAAAAAUCGUUAAAAAUGAGGUGAAAACUUGUACUUUCGGUGCACGAUCUGCAUGCUGGUUCCACGUUUAUUGCUACGCCAGAGGACAUCAGGUAGAGGCCAAUUAGUUGAAACAAUAGUUUCGUUCAUUUUCCUUUUGCGAUGAUGCGAUAAAAUCUUUUGAACGUAUGCUGAUCAGCUGGUAGCGUGUAGCGAUCGUGUGCAUCGAAACUACAACGCUACAUUCUUGAUAACAUGCUGCAUGUUAAGUAUAGGAAAACAACGGAAGUACCCCUGAAGCUCGUGUAUCUGGUGCGCAUGAGUGCGUUUGCACGUGAAUGUUUUUAACAGGGUGUUUCGGUGUGCUGUAUUGAACUAUUAUUAAAAUAAAGAUGCAAACCAAAAAGAAACUAUUAUAUUUAACAAGUGCAAAAUUAUUAAAACGCUUUGCAAGGAUAUUAUUUCAAACUUCUUAUGAGCGGCAAAACGCACAAACUGCACAUUGGAUCACCCUGUUCAACUGUUGCAUUAAGCCUAGAAAACGGAAGUCCUUAGCAACUGUGCAACUGUUUGUGUGUUUAUUUUCCCAUAGCAACCAAAACAAACACCAUAAAUAAAGUGUUUAUUAGAGCCAUGUGUUAGUUUUUCAAUAUAAGAAAAUUAUUUCUUACUGUUUACGUUGUAGCUUUAACAUUCUAAGUCUUUAGACUGGUUACGUUGUGGCUUUUAGACUUCUCUGCUCUUAGAGAAAAAGUUCGGGUAAAAUGUUUCGUAACGAGUACAAUCUUGCAAUGGAGCGAGACUCGGGAAGCGUUUCGUCUGUGUCCUCCUUCCAGGUGGACGAUCUAAUGGAGAAACUGAAGCUGCUGAACUACGAGCGACUUUUGCUGAAGGAGAUGAAAAUGAAGCAGAUUAAUCGCUACUACUUUCUGCGCUCGUUCAAUCCUGGUGAACAAUUUUUCAUGUUCACCUCCAUAUGUGCCUGGCUGAUACGCAAGAUUGGUAAAACAUUCGACCAACCGCAAGAGUUCGAUGAUCCAAACAUUGUUAUAUCGCGCAUCAUAAAAGUUUUGCAGGAAAUGGAUGUUCCUACCGACUUCCAAACGAAUCGACUCAUUCAAGGUGCUGGUCCCAUCUGUGUCUACAUCAUGGAUUGCCUGGCUACGCAAGCACUCAAGCUAACGAAGUUCCAGAUGAAACGUCCGGAAUGUCGCAAAGAGGACGAUCCAAUGGUCGACCUGAUAGAAAACGAUUCUGAAAUUAUUCUCGAAAAGGUAGAAGAGGAACAAAUGGCAGGUGGCAGUGACGACAGCGAUGACGAACGAAAUGGUCUGUUUGACCUUAGCUUUUCCGAUCCGGCCCGGUCAGCUGUCAACACGCGUAAAGAAAUGCGGGAAUACAAGGUCGACUCACUUUCAGACAGCGAAGCAUGGCGGCUGGAGCUGGAACGCGUGCUACCACAGCUAAAGGUCGUAGUAAAGACAGACCCUCGGGACUGGCGUGCACAUCUUGAACAGAUGAGAAGUUUGCGAAGUAAUAUCGAUACGGCCACCGAGGAAACGGACAGUCAGCUCGCCAAGCUUCAAUCAGACAUUAGCUAUGUGAUGGAAAAAAUCGAAAGCCGCGAGAAGCAUCUCAACAACGACCUGAAGGACUUGAUUGCGCAGUACAAACAGAUCCUGAUCGAGCAUAACCAGGCGACGGGACAGAUACGGCAGGGCGAACAGGAGAAAACGGAACAUGAGCAUGAACUAUCGAAGAUCACUAACGAGCUGGAAAAUGUUAAAAUCCAGAUGGAGCAGCGUGGCAACUCAAUGACUGAUGGCAGUCCACUGAUCAACAUCAAGAAGGCUAUCUUUCGCAUCAAGGAGGAACUGUGCGAAAUGGACAUCAAGAUCGGUGUGAUGGAACAUUCGCUCAAUUCGGAAAUUGUCCGACAGGGUUCGCAGUAUGCGGAACUAGACUCGCUCGUAAUGGCUGCUCAUUAGAAUUAGUGACGGAUCAUGCCCCUUGGAGACCCUAUCUCCCCAAAACUGCUGACCAGGAGAGGUGGGGGUAAUUUGCUUUAGCUAUGAGGCACACUUCUUUCAGUCUUACACGAAAUAAACUACAUUCUGCAUGGCAUCCUAAUGUUAUAAAUUCACGACUGCCAGAAACUGGCUCUUUUAUCAAUUGAUUCUAGUAAAAAUCUUACUUUCGAUAUUUCUGAUUGAAUGUUGUUAACUUACCCGGGUAAAUGAUAGUAUAUAGGCAGAACACUUUUACACAGUGGCAUUUUUCUUUCACUUACACACUUCAAUGCGCCUUGGCACAUAUAAAACACCACACUACGGCCUACGGCGAGGCGAUUCAUGCACAAAUAACACAAAAUUCGUUUGCAAAAUACACUACACAACAAAUGCGUCGCAAUUGCAAGCUUAGUACACACACUGAGACUUUUGCACAGAUGAUACAAAAAGUUAAAAUUCGACGCCAAGCUGAUCAAUGUUCGGUGUGUUGCUCUACAAAGGAGCAUCCUUUUUUCUCAACGGGCAAUAAAUUAUUUUCGAUGAAACGAUAUGUUUAACGUUUCAUCACAACCUUCUCUUCGCUUAUUUACGCACCCGAGCGAUUUGUAGCACGAUCGAUAAUAAGCCCGAACGUAAAAUCACACAAAAGCACGCUAACAUCACGAGUGCCUCUCAGCAUAACCUUUGCUUAAUUGCAUCUCCCCAGAUCGCUUUUAAACUUGAUGUAAACAUUCGUAUAAGAAAAAGAGAAAACCCAAACACUCCGUUGAUCUACCUAGCGUCCGAGGGUGCUGAUGCAGACAUGCAGAUGCGAACUCGAAACCCCUAAUCAGGUUGUUUGUAUUACAUUGGGACAGUCACACGGAGUUUUUUUUAUCAACAAUGAGAGAGGAAAAAACAUGAUACGAGGUUAACUAUAACAAACACGGUCGUGAUCUCGUUAGCAGAUUAAAUCGUGCAGGCUUGUUUAAUGUUGUAAUUUUCUGCAACAACAAAAAACAUGCUUAUCCGUCCGGCAGCAACGAUUAUCACUGUCCCGAAUGCCGAAAAUGCAGGCCUUUUGUUUGUUUAACGGAGUAUUUUAUGGCGCAUAAUUAUUACCAAAGCUGAUCGCAACUAAAUACAAGAUCGUUUCAGAUGAAAUCCAGAUUAAACCAUACAUGAUCUCAUUUUAUCGUUAAAUUUUCUUUUUACUUUGUCUAUUAAUUUCUUGCUCAUUAUCUUUACAUACUCCCACGGUUUCUUCUGCCUCUUCUAUAUCACAUCCGACAAAACAGGUAGCGCUGUUUUAAUCGCUACGAACAGUUGCAACAGUGCUUACAGUAAUUAUUAACCGAUAGUAGCAAACACUAGCAGUGUGACAAACCUUGAAACUAACCAAACAAUAAUCAAUUUAUCGACACAGUUCGUUUACAAAGCGUUCAAUUUCUGCAAGCGAUCAGCUUCAACACGGUACAAUUUUAUAAUGUGAUUUUUCGUUUUUCAUUU